AUGACCUUGUAUACUGCAUCUCUCCCACUGAUUCCCCUAGCAAUCGGUAUAGUCUACCUGUUCGUUGCUGUCCUCAAUAGGCCAGGACGACGUCGACUUCCACCUGGCCCUAAAGGUCUUCCCAUCUUAGGGAAUAUCCUCGACGCACCCAAGGAGCACGAAUGGCGCACGUUUCAAGAGUGGGGUCGCACUUAUGACUCGGAUGUCGUGCAUUUCCAGAUUCUAGGGGCCCAUUACGUGGUCCUCAACUCCGCGAAGGCCACAACCGAACUCUUUGAGAGGCGGUCAAAUCUGCAUUCUGAUAAGACCGGCUGGGAUAGGAACUGGGGCCUGAUGAAAUAUGGUGCCUUUUGGCGGGCACAUCGCAAGAUAUUCCACCAACACUUCCGCUCAAACGCUGUGUUUGCAUACCAUCAAAGGUCAGAAAAGGCGGUGCGCCAGCUGCUCCGCUUACUCUACGCCGAGCCAGAGUGUUUUAUCAAACAUAUCCGCUUCAUGACCGCAUAUAAUAUCAUUGGCAUCAUGUACGGUGUGGAUAUCACCUCGGAAGGCGACCCCACUCUCGCAAUUGUGGAAGAAGCUCUCGACAUCUUGCAGAAAAUUGGCAAUCCUGGAGUGUAUCUUGUGAGGUUCAUACCCUCGUGGUUCCCGGGUGCCAAAUUCAAACGCGACGCUGAGGCUUGGAAACCCAUAGUCGACCAGAUGUACAUGCAACCAUACAAUGAUGUAAAGACCGCUUAUGAAAGGGGAGUGCCAAGACCAUGCGUUGCGACGGAAAUGCUAGCAGAGCUCUAUAAGGACGGAGCAAAUUCUCAGAUGCUGGAGCAAGUCAUCAUCAACACUACUGGCACCGGAUAUGCAGCGGCCGCGGUGUUGUCGGUCUUCAUUUUGGCCGUGCUGCUGUACCCAGAAGUGCAGCUUGCAGCCCAGGCGGAACUUGAUCGAGUUAUAGGCACGGAUCGCCUCCCGGUGAUGGAAGAUGAAAAGUCACUGCCAUAUAUCACUGCCCUGGUUAGGGAAAUAUUACGUUGGAGGCCAAUAGUCCCGUUAGGUGUUGCACAUCAGUCGAUUGCAGACGACGAGUAUGAAGGGUAUCAUAUUCCUGCUGGGACAGUUAUUUUUGGAAAUGCACGAGCCAUUCUCCACGACGAAGAACAGUUUCCCAACCCGGACGUCUUCAACCCCAAUCGCUUCCUCGACUCAGAUGGACACCUGCUCAAGCACCUAGUGAACACUGUAUCCAACGCGUUCGGUUUCGGCCGAAGAAUAUGCCCGGGACGUUAUUUCGCGUUGGACGUCGUCUGGCUGACGGUUGCCAAUGUCCUCGCGACCUUCAAGAUUGAGAAGCCCUUCGAUGAGAUGGGGAACGUCGUGGAGCCCUCUGGAGAAUUCAUUUCCGGAUUUAUCAGCUGUCCCGUUCCUUUCAAAGCCGUUUUCAAGCCGCGAUCGACCGUUGCGUUUGCCCAGUAGCGUCCAGAUGUGGUGUCAAGCUUCAUAGCUCUCGUAUGCAGUUUCAGGCGGAACGAGAAGAACGAGCCAGGGUCGGACUGAAGCAUGAGACGAUCACUGGAGUGUGUACAUACAGUGACUCUUCGGACAUGCUGGGACUCGUGAGAGAAUUCACGGCUUCCCUGCUGCUCUCAAAGCCGCCUUCAGUGUACGAUAGAAUUGAUAACAUGGCAGCGCAUUAUGGUAUCAUAACAAUAACGAGAGGCUGCUCAGAUCCAAGAGUCCUGCCGGGGACUCGGGAUAUCGUUGUUCGAAGU